AUGUUGAGACCUACCAACAGCUUUGGGUUAGCUGAGCUUGGAAGCCGCGCCUACCCCCGGCCCCGCACUGCCUCGGGGUCCCUCUCCCGCCCGCGGGACCCGCGUGUGCGCCCUCCGCGCCGCCAGGGGGCGCCCGAGGGAGAGGGGCUGCGCUGCCAUUGGAGGAGCCGGGCGGCUUCGUGCCUAUUGGAUAAUGGGUUUGGGGGGUGCGGUGGUGGUUUGCGGGUUUGGAGCUCGGCAGCCGCAGGCUUUGAGGCUCUCAGUGCUGCAGGUGGAGGGCGGCGCGGAGCCAGCGCAGUGAACCAGUUUUGCAGGAUGAGUGCUGUGACUGAAGAAGUUAAGCCAGAAGAUGGCAAACUGGAACCUGAAAAAAAAAUAUUUUAUUGUGAAGUUUGUAAAGUUCCAUGUAUGAGCUCUAUAAGUCUUCAGUCACACUAUCGUGGGGCAAAGCACAGAAAGAAAGAGAAAGCCCUGAGACCCAAGACUGUCUAUUGUCCUCCAGCUCCAGCCCAAUCUUGGAUGAAGUAUGAAACACAGAGACCAGUGAAGAGAGGACUCACAAAGCACAUAACCUGUCUUAAGGACUUUAUGAAUGAUCCCAAAAGAGAAGAGCCUCUAGUUGGUCUAGAACACGUGGUUGAAUUCAGAUUUGAAGGAAGAAAAGAGCCGCAUUAUGAGUGCAGGCUGUGUGGGUUUAAUACAGAGAUGGCACCUAUGAUAGAACAUCUUAGUGGAUAUAAACACAGAAGAGCAUACAUUUCUACACAAUUUCCUGCUAAAAUGAAGAGAAAGACAACAGAUGUAAAAGAAUGUAAAGUUUCAUUUCUUAGGCGGAUAGCAGGAGAGCUAGAGAAGACUGAAGGAUUAAAAAUGUAUAAGAUUGAAGGUUACAUAAGACCAAGUAUCUCAUCCCCAUCAAAGAAGAAAGCAAGGUGGGAGGAUGAUUAUGAGCAUGAGAAUGAUCCUGUUCGGAAACAGAAAGCUCUAGAGUUCUUGAAGACUUUUCACAUCACCUCGGACUCAGAAGCAACACUUGUUGUUCAUAUUACACAGGAACUCACAGAAGCUUUGAAGGCCUUUUGUGAAAAGAAAGCAGCGGUUAAUUAUACUAACAGUCUGAGGCCACUGAUGUCAGUAUCUCAUGAUGAAUUUCCAGGAAGGAAAAGCAUCCCAAAACACUAUACACCAUAUGGAAAAUCCAAAGGAAAUCCUACCUGGAGUCAAGGUUUUUUGUCUCAGUAUGAAGAGUGUUCUGCAGAUGCUUCUGUCACUCCUGCUAACCAAACAGAUGAUGGAUCAUCUUCCUAUGGACUAAGAUCUAACGCCUUUGCAAUGAUGUCUGCACUCAGGGACUCUUUUGCUCUUCAGACUGGAAGUCCUGCCAGUUGUAUCAGUGAAUGGCUGAGACAGUUCAGCCAGUCUGCUUCUGGCAGUAAUUCAGCUGGUGGAGCAUCUUCCUGUGAGACUAAUUCAAUGACUGGGCACUCAGCAGAAUAUAUGUCCAACGAUGUGCAAGAAAGGAAGCUCCCUGAUAACAGAAUCUCAUAUGGCAGGGAAACUACAAAUUUGAGGAAUCAACAAGCGUGUAAAAAAGCAGGGAGUAUAAGUGAUCAAGGAUUACCCUGUCCCAGUUCUUCUGCCUUGUAUCCUUCAUCUGGAAGGUAUUCCACAAAGUAUCCUUCACAAAGCAAUUCCGCUUACAAGAAUAACGAGUCUGUGAAUACUUGUACGUCUUCUGCAAAUUCUGCUGUGUUGGGAGGAAGUGGCUGCAGGUGGAAUGAUGACCUAAGGUGGAAUGAGGAGUCUAGGUGGAACAAGGACUCUGGUUGCAAUGAGGAGCCUAGGUGGAACGAGGACUCUAGGUGGAACAAGGACUCUAGGUGGGACGAGGACUCCAAGUGGAACCAAGAGCCUAGGUGGAACAAGGACGCCAAAUGGAGCCGAGAGCCUAGGUGGAACAAAGGCUCCAAGUGGAACCAAGAGCCUAGGUGGAACGAGGACUCCAAGUGGAACCGAGAGCCUAGAUGGAAUGAGGACUCCAAGUGGAACCGAGAGCCUAGAUGGAAUGAGGACUCCAAGUGGAACCGAGAGCCUAGAUGGAAUGAGGUCUCCACGUGGAACCAAGAGCCUAGAUGGAACAAGGACUCUAGGUGGAAUGAGGAAUCCAAGUGGAACCAAGAGCCUAGGUGGAACGAGGAGCCUAGGUGGAAUGAGAGCUCUAGAUGGAACCAGAAGUCUGGUUGGAACAAGGAGUCUAGCUGGAACCAGGAGUCUAGCUGGAUCCAAGAAUCUGAGUGUCAAGGAUUUGGGCAUCAAAAGUCAGGCUACAAGAGUGACUGGAGUUCACAUCAGUACUCAUUUUCUGGCAGUGGUUCAUACAGAGAUUCCCAGCGAUUCAGAAGCUCAGAUAAGAUGUUGUAUGAGGAUGACGUUGGUUUUAAUCCCAACAGAUUAUGAGGAAAAGACAUACCUACAAUGACCAGGAUACUCAAACAGUUGGCUUCAUCCAGAAGUUCAAAGUAAGAUUGUGAUUAGUUCUCAGGUAAAAUGAGUUACAUCAACAUAUUUUUUAAUGUAAGUGGAGAUUGUGUGUUGCAGAGGUAGUAUGCUCUGUUCAGAGGAGUUGAGUUCAUUUUGCUCAACACUUGUAUAAGGUGAAGAAUGCCUCUCUGAGGUGAACUGCCUCUCAGAGGACACUUUGCCUGUUGACAACUAAAUAGACCUGUGAGAGGGAGGAAAUUUUAUAGCACAAAAAAUUCCUGAAUGGAAAGGUUUGUUCUAGGUUAUCUUGCUACCCAGCAUCUUAUGUUGUGAUCAGAGUUUGUACUGUUCGGGUGGCAACCAUGGCAAGGGAAUUCAUUGACAGAAAAAAAUACCGGAAUGCACACGGAAUCAAACUUGGAUGGCAUUGCAAUACAUGAAAAUACUCCAAAUGGAUCAAACACAUUGAGAUAACUGAAACGUUAACAAAGAGCACGUUUGUUAUGUGACAAUUAUUAUUUCCAGUUAUUGUAGAAAUAUUCAUUAAUGUUAAAAACAGUGAUAUUCUAUUAAAAAUGAAAGAAUCUGCUUUGGAAAUAGAUUAUAAGAGGAAUUUAAAGGGAGUUGGAAAUAUGCUAAUGUAUUGGUGUCAUUGAGUCUGAGUUUGGGCAAAUGCAAACUAUGCUCAUGGUGCUAGAAUUAAUUAAUUAAGUAGGUAGUUAAUAGUAAAACUUUCAUUUUAAUAUUCUCUCUGCUCUAUAAUGUGAAGUAACAUGAAACAGAAGUAACUUUAAACGUUUUUAUCUCCCUUUUCUAGAACUAAAUAUUCAGAUAUUAGUCAAUAUGCUAGUAGAAACUAGAGGAAAAGAUUAAGGAGCAACAACAGCUGAAGUUGAAACACAGGAGCAGAUUCAAGAAUCUCCAUCUCUUGGCUUUCAGGAAAGAGACUGCAUUUAAUUCUGUGUUUGACUGGUUUUGGAAGGGGAAGGAGAGGUAGGGUUUAAUUUUUUUACCAUGUAAAAAAGUAGCUGGAACAUUCCUGCACGUAAUGGAGGUGAACAUACUAUUUUCUUUAGGCUUUUUUAAUGUAUUUGUUAUAUCUUAGGAUAUUACAGAAAAAAGUCUUUUGUUAUUUUUUGGAAAAAUGUUAAUUUCAUUCUGUCAGCAAAAAGCUAAUAAACAACCCUUUUAACUCACUUCCCAACUCAGAAAAAAAGAAAGGUUUACUUUCAUGUUACCUACUUGGGAAGAAUAUUCACUGAAAAUACAGGUCCAUUGCACGAAAAGGCAGGUUUACUUUUCUCUCCACAAAUGUAAGGCGAGUUCAGUUAAUUUAAGGCUUUAUAAUUAGCAUGUUUUUAGAAAUUGAUACACUACAUUUCUGUUCAGAUGAAGAAAGGAAAAUGUCACGGCAAAUGUUUUCUCUGUUUUAACAUAAUGCUGUAUGAGGAAAAAGUAAUCUGUUUUAGGGGAUUGGCAUGUAAUGGGACAUAUCACUUGCUUUCAUUUCUGCAGAGUAAGAGAGAUGUGUGAAAUAUAUGCAGGUUUUUUUAUCAUGUCGUUGAAUGAAGUGGUUACAAAUGGACUAAAAAAAUCUCAUUUGAUGGAUUGAUCCAUACUAAAAUAAAAAUUCUUGGUUCUUUCUUCUAGCAAAAGCUUACAGUGAAAUAGGAGAACCUAUAAGGCAAACAGCUGAUCAGAAAUACUGACCAGCUUAUGAUGUUUGUAAGUGAUCUGUUCUUAUGUUUUCUUUUCCCCACACUUCGGAGCCACAUGCUCAUAAAUGCCUGUCUUUAGAUGUCUACUUUAUAUAAUCAAAUCCAGCUUACAUGGAGCUAGAUAAAAGAAGUGAGACAGUUUACUCUCCAGCGUCUAUUUUCCUUUUCGCUGCUGUAUUGUGGACUAUCAUUUUUCUUCUCACCCAUGCCUGAAAUAUUUCUCUGUCUCUGUGCAUUAAAUACUUGUGCUAAACAAGGGUUACUCUUCACGAACUGUCGAAAGGUCUUUUUGUGUUCACUAAAAUAGCUUUUUGGAUCUUGUCAUGUAAAUCUUAACAAAAAGGCUACAAAGCAAUUUGUUAGAGCAUAUAAAUUUGAUUCCCUAAAAUUCUCCUUCUGUAAUUGUUUUGCUUGUGCAUCAGAAAAGAUCCACUCUCCUUUUUCAUUCCUGUUUACUACUUUGUCUUUUCAUUCUCACACUUACUGAAGGGUUUCAUUAGUUUCUAAUGGCAUAGUCUGAGUAGCUGUGCCAUAUGCUUUUAUCUGUUGAACUACAGAGCAGACCAUCUUGCUCUGGGAAAAGAUACUAUUUUCUACCACAGGUGCCUGCCAGAAUUUUGAUUUAAAACUCUGUAGGACUGAUCAGUUGUUAUCUACAUUUAAAAAUUGUCAGAAGUUAUUUACAUGAAUGUUACUGCCAUAGGGGGGGUUUUUUCCCACUGAAAGUGCAGCGUAUCUAA